AACCCAAAAAUAUACAGUAUUUGAAAUAAGAAAGUUUAUUAGAUUUCCAGAAAAACUGAAGAUCUGACAACAAUGUAUUUACCACUAUAAUAUCGGCCGCAUUAGAAAACCCUUAUAAUGCACGAUUCCGAUAUCGACGGCAACUGCAGGAAGGCAGUUGCAGUUGUUGCCAGGACGACGUCAUUACUUUGCACUAUUAAUUUGUAUAUUUCUUAGCACCGGAAGUUCUGCCGGACACCGUCGCACGUUCUGCACGUCGAUGUCGGAAUCGUGCCUUUGAAAUCAAAAUCUAUAAAAAUCGUGCAAGCCGUCUCCGGGAUAAUUGAGGGUUUACAUAAAAUUCACUCUGUAUAAAUCAAUCAGAUAUAAACAUUUUUUUCUGUUCUGUUUCAUGUUUUUUAAGUGCAGAACUAAUGAAAGUUCAUUAAAUAUUUGCCGCGAACACAACAAAUGCGUUGGACGCCCGUACCCACGUAGCAUCAAAGAAUUAAACGCUCGACGCUCGCUUUUGAUCUUUCAACCGUUACCGUCGACAUAGACACUCCUUCGAAAAUGAUCGGCUCGUUCGGUUCGGCAGAAUUUUGCUACAAUCGGUCAUUUUCGGAGUGUUGCUAACCGUGGAAAGAUCGAUAGCGAGCAGCGAGCAUUCGUUCGCUUAUGCUCAGUGGGUACGGUCGUUUAGUGUAUUCGUUGUGCUCGCGCAAAUAUUUAAUUAAAAAAGAACUUGUAAUUCGUUCGGAACUUCGAUUUUCUGAAAAAAACAAUGGAAUGGAACCAAAGAAAAUGUUUAAAUCUUAUUGAUGGAUAUGAGCGCUCUCCUGAGUUAUGGAAUACAAAACACGGGCAAUAUUAUAAUAAAAGAAGAAAAAAUGAUGCCUGGAUAAUGAUAGGUAAUGAAGUAGGAUGUACCCCUGAAGAAGCAAAGAGAAAAAUGGAUAGUCUGCAGGCCAGUUUCCGAAGAGAAAAGGCAAAAGUUAACAAAACGACAGGAACGGAUGAAGUGUAUGUGUCUAGGUGGUUUGCUUUUUCCCGUAUGGCAUUUCUUUUAGAUAGAGAUGAACCUAUAGACUCUGUUGAUAGAGAUGAACCGAGAACAACUACAGACUCUGUUGAGGAAGCCUAUACUGAGCCAGUAAUUACAAUGUAUGAGGCAGAAUUAAUGCAGAUACCAUCGCCAUUGCCAGAAGAAUUGACAGAAAAUAGUAAAUGUAAAAGAAAAGCUACUGUAACUACAUUGGCGCCUCCAAUGCGGAAACAAAAAAGGCAUUAUUUAUCAGGAUAUGAUGCUAAGGUUGACGAAGCCUUAGGAAUUUUAAAAAAUGCAGUUGCAAAUAAUGUAACAUCAGACGCAUGUGGUGUCUACGGGCAGCAUGUGGCUUUUAAGUUAAGAAGUUACACGAGAACUACGAGAAACAUAGUAGAGCAUCACAUAAAUAAUAUAUUAUUUAAGGCUGAUAUGGGACACUACAGUUCUACAGUGACUACUCCCGUACAACAUCAAAACAUUCCACAAUCUCCAUCUUCAGAUGCCAGCCACGCUCCUUCAGUCCACACACCUGUUCCUACCCCUUCUCCACAACAUCAGACCGCUUUAGCAUCUACAAAUUCUCACGAAUACAAUAAUUUGGAUAAUUCGGAAGAGAUACAUGUAAAAUUCGAUGAUUUUGAUAAAUGGUAAAAUCUGUCAUUGUUUUUUUAGUAAUAUACCUAAUAUUAAAUAA